UGCAUCAUUUCCUCUACGAUCCUGAUACGAGACUGGCUGUUUGCAAUGAUGCCGAGGCUGUGUCCUUCCCCUUUCCUGGUGUCUUCCUGUGGGAGAACUUCAUAUCAGAAGCGGAGGAGAAGGCGCUGAUAAGCUCGAUGGACCAGGAUGUGUGGAAUCAGUCCCAGUCUGGGCGAAGGAAACAGGAUUUUGGCCCAAAAGUUAACUUCAAGAAAAGGAAAGUACGUGUGGGCGGCUUCACUGGACUCCCUGCUUUAAGCCAAAAACUAGUGCUCAGGAUGCAGCAGGAGCCAAAUCUCUCAGGCUUCCAACCAGUGGAGCAGUGCAAUCUGGAUUACCAUCCUCAGCGAGGCUCAGCCAUCGACCCACACCUAGACGACUCCUGGCUGUGGGGGGAGCGCCUGGUCACCAUCAACAUGUUAUCAAACACGACUCUCACCAUGUCGCUGGAACAGGGUCUGCCUGAGCUGGGAUUCAGGGGGGAAGUCCAGGUAGCUGUGCAUCUCCCUCGCAGAUCUUUGGUAGUGUUGUACGAUGAGGCACGGCACCGGUGGAAACACGCCAUUCACAGGGAGGAUGUUCAUGAGCGUAGAGUUUGCAGCACUUACAGAGAGCUGUCCACAGAGUUCUUACCUGGAGGGCAGCAGGCAGAGCUGGGAGCUCUGCUGUUGAACAUGGCUUUGAGUUUUCAAGGAACUCCAAUAUGAGCUGAUGUGGUGAUGGCAAAGGAAAGCUGAACAACCAGAGAUGGCAGUCUGGACUGCCUUUUUUAAAGGUGCCUCCUUAAACAGAAUGAAGAUGUGUCCUUCACAGGGCUGAAGGCUGGAAGCUUGAACCUGUGACUCCUCUCCAAAUGCAACAGUUAACAGAGGGUACACAACUCUGUCAUCACUUGUUCCUGUCUAUGAAAUUGACCAGUUGACCAGUGCACACUGGAUUUUGUAAUAUGAAUAUGAAGAUUGCAAAGGAUACAGCUGCUGCUGUGGCUCAAAAUCAUUGAAUGAGAAGAGGAAGACCACACAUCAUUAGUGCAUAGAGUCCUGCCUUUGGACUUAAAAGGCUGUUAUGGAUCUGUUCCCUUUUCUCCUGCAUAUGUUUGACUAAGUUUGUCCCAUUUAUUAUUUCAACAUUAAAUAUGUUUGUGCAAAACCUGUCAAAGGCACUACAGGUUUGGUUUGACCUAUGAGUCAUUAAUACUCCAGAGAUUUGAGGCCCUGAUUGGUUAAAAUCUGCACAAUGAACAAGUCAGAUGUUAAAAUGUAUUAUGUCAAAAUGCAGUUGGUUAGAAAAGAGAAAUAAAAAAAGGAAAUGUGAAUUUUCUCUGUCAGGUGUUGGUUCCACAAUGACCUUCCAGAACAGUGUCAGUGGAGAACACUGUCUAUCAGUUUGAGAUGUGAUGAGUGUGAAAGGCCAAUGAAUAUGAUUUGUGUCAUUUCAUACUCAAACAAUUAAGUGAGCCUUUGCGUCUCAUGGAAGCACCUGUGUAAAUGUUAUAAUCUCAGUAACAUCACACUCAUGACUCCUAAGGUGUCAAUCCUUGUGCCACUACUAAAUACUACAGAUUUUCAAAUCCUUUAAUGAAUUGUUUCAUCAGAAAAAUUCUCCAAAUCCUCUGUAAACAGCAAAUAUGAUAAAAAGGGGA